AAUACUUAAACAAUUGCCUUAAAAAUCUGAUUCUAAGAAGUAAGAAGCUUAUUCUCAAUGGACAAUAGUGGCUGCCGGCGGCGGCGGCAAAGGGUGGUCCUUUUUCCGAUCCCAUUUCAAGGCCACAUAAAUCCUAUGCUUCAACUUGCAAAUAUACUUCACUCCAAUGGCUUCUCGAUCACAAUCCUUCACACUAACUUCAACUCAGCAUACACAUCAAAUUACCCUCACUUCACCUUUCGACCCAUUCUUGAUAACGAUCCCAAAAUCAACAAUCUUUCCAAGUUAGGAUCCCGAGGUGCCGGUGAUAUCCUUUCGGGUGUCGUUUUGUUGAAUCAAUAUGGUGACGAGAGCCUUCGCCAAGAGUUGGAUCAGAUGUUAAUGGCUUCAAAACAAGAACAAGAGCCUAUUGUGUGUUUGAUCACUGACGCACUUUGGUACUUCACUCAAUCAGUCGCAGAUAGUCUUAAGCUUCCGAGGAUUGUUUUAAGGACAAGUAGCUUGUUAUGUUUUCUUGUUUUUGCUUCCGUACCAUUUCUUGAUGAUCAGGGUUACUUUAAACAAGUCAACAGCCUUUUUGAUGAAGAGAUCAUAGAUUCAGAUCUGAAGAAUAUCAUAUUGGCCAGCGACGAAAAUAAAUUCAAGAAAGCUGGAAGUAGCAAGUCAGUGAAGGAUUUGGAAGAACGAGUGCUGGAGAUUCCAGUUCUUAAAGUGAAAGACAUCUCAAAGAUGAAAAUCAAAGGCCAGACAGAUCCAUCAGCGAAAAUACUAGCUAACAUGGUGACACAAACAAAGGCAUCUUCAGGAAUCAUUUGGAACUCCUUCAAGGAACUUGAAGAACUCGAACUUGAAAAGAUCCAUAAAGAGUUUCCUAUUCCGUCUUUCCUGAUAGGUCCAUUUCAUAAAUACUUUCCAGCGUCAUUCAGCAGCUUGCUAAAACCCGACAGAAGCUUUUUCACAUGGCUAGACGAACAAGCACCUAAUUCAGUACUAUACAUAAGUUUCGGUAGUGCUUCUCAAAUGGAGAAACAAGAUUUCAUGGAGGUCGCUCAUGGUUUGGCCAGUAGCAAGCAGAAAUUCUUGUGGGUGAUGCGUGAAGGAUUCGUUAAAGGUUCAGAAUGGAUCGAAGGGUUACCUGAUGGGUUCUUGGAUCUGGUGGGGGAAAGGGGACGUAUUGUGAAAUGGGCUCCUCAACAAGAAGUAUUAGCUCAUCGAGCAACUGGGGCAUUUUGGACUCACAGUGGAUGGAAUUCGACAUUGGAGAGUAUUUGUGAAGGUGUUCCUAUGAUUUGUUCGCCGUUUUGGGGUGAUCAACCAAUAAAUGCAAGAUUUAUAAGCGAUGUUCUCAAGGUCGGGGUUUACCUGGAAAAUGGGUGGGAGAGAGAAGAGAUAGAAGGUACAAUAAGAAGAGUAAUGGUGGAGGAAGAAAGGGAAGGUAUUAGAGAGAGGGCAAUGUGUUUGAAGGAAAAGGUAAAUGUUAGCUUAAUGAAGGGAGGGUCUUCAUAUGAAUCUUUAGGGUCUCUUGUUGGUUACAUCUCUUCCUUAUAAUCCAUAUAAGUUCUUCAUUUUGAUGUAGAGAAUAUGUAACUUGUAACUUUUUGUAUUCCUAAUGUUAGGUCAUUAGUGAUCUACUGAACUCUUAGAAGAUUUAAAUGGAGUGACAAAUAAGAGAAAGAA